CGCACCGGAUUGUGGGCAGCGCGCGUCGUGCAUCGAUUGCAGCGGCGCCGGCCUUAACAACGCCCACAAUGGCUUACUCAGAGCCCUGGACAGCCUAAGUGCUGUUGCCAUCCUCCGUUGGCCGAGCUGUACGAAAUACUUUUGCCUACCUGCACGUUGCCGACCUGAGCAAUUAGCUGUUCUUUGUCAUUGCCCUGAUCUGUCGUCGGCAUUAUUUGUACGACCAUUGUCUCUUGCCCGAGCUUUGAUGUGGACCCUCGAUAACCUUAUACUACUUCAUAUAUUUCUACAAUUAUCUCUCCCUCUAGGUUCCUUUGCGCCCACGCAUAUCGUGACGAGAACAGGCGGAAGUGGUCGGAAAGCUCAGGCUUGCGUUGAGCAACAUCCUGCAUUGCGCUGUUUCCUACUGAUUUCUGGCGCGCAAUAAACACCUGCCCGCCAUGAAUGAAGAGGACGUGGAGAUGCUGCGGAAUGAGGAAGAUGCGGAGCCGAGAAGAUUCUCAUCAUGGGUCAACGCGCAGGGAGAGUUCCAACGUAACGUAGAGCCUGGACGCACAGUCGACGCCCUCUUCGAAUCUCCUCCUUCUGGCAGGCCUCUGCCAACAGCCGGAGCGAACGCGCCACCGCACGCGACAGAGACGGAGGAAGUUGCCUCUAGACGGAGCAGCUUAGCCUCAUCCUCCUCUUCGGCCUCAUCCUCCUCCACCACGCACACGCCCAGAUUAGAGGAGAUCCGAACACACAAUGUGUCUUCUACACGAGAAAGAAGAGACACGUUCUCGAGUGUCGGGGGAGGAUCAGGCAUACUGUAUCGGCACCCGACAGAAAGGAACCCUGAGGCUCUGAGCCGUAUCGAGACGAUUCGUUCGCAGCACGCCGGUACCGUCGGUGCCAGGCUGACAGGGCCAUCGCGGAUAACCAGGACACUCAGUCGACGCAGGACCGAAAAGCCGCUCUCGGAAAUGGGAGCAAAUAAACCGUACCCUCCACCGCUUCCCGAUCGCGAAGAAUACGUCGUGGAAUUUAUGGGCGUGGAUGACCCGAUGCAUGCCCAGAACUGGCCCAUGAAAAAGAAAAUCUACAUCGCAGUGUUGAUGGCGUAUCUGUCUUUGGCAGUGACUAUGGGCAGUAGUAUAUUCAGCCCGUCUACGAGGCCGGUCGCAGAAGAGUUUGGCGUUAUCCCUGAAGUCACAACAUUGGGAACGAGUCUGUUCGUGUUCGGAUACGCGUUUGGUCCACUCGUCUGGGCACCCAUGUCCGAACUGUACGGCCGCAAGCUUCCAUUGCUAGUCGGCUCGUUUGGCUUCUCCGUCUUCAGUCUCGCGGUCGCGACGGGGAAAGAUUUACAAACCGUUCUGAUAUGUCGCUUCUUCGCCGGAUUAUUCGGAGCAUGUCCGUUGAGCGUUGUCGCUGCCGUAUACGCCGAUAUCUUUAGUAACGUACAGCGUGGUAUCGCGAUUGGUACAUUCAGUGCCACCGUGUUUAUGGGGCCGAUGAUGGCACCCUUCAUUGGUGGCUUCAUCGUGACAAGCCAUCUCGGUUGGAGAUGGACCAUGUACAUUUCCUCAAUCAUGGGCUGGCUUGCAUUCGCACUGAUUGUUCUGUUCAUGGAAGAGACAUAUCCCCCGCAAAUCCUCGUUGGGAAAGCCGCCAAGCUGCGAAGACGGACUUUGAACUGGGGAAUCCACGCGAAGCAAGAGGAAAUCGAGGUCGAUCUGAAAGAACUCAUCAUCCGCAACGUGAGCAGGCCGUUGCGCAUCCUAUUCACCGAGCCCAUCGUCUUACUCAUCACGAUCUACAUGUCAUUUGUCUACGGCAUCCUGUACUGCUUCCUCACCGCAUACACACUCGUCUUUGAGGGACAGUACGGUUUCACACCGGGCGUAUCAGGCCUGACAUACUUUGGCCUGAUCGUCGGCGUUAUACUCGGCUUCGCCCUGAUGGCCGCCAUGAACCCCUCGUACGGACGGAAGCUCAAGGCCAACAACAACAUCCCCGUCCCGGAAUGGCGCCUGCCCCUUGCCAUGGUCGGCGCACCAACAUUCGCUGGCGGCCUCUUCUGGUUCGGCUGGACUGGCUACAACGGGCGCACCCUCUGGGUCGCCCCUGUCUUCUCGGGCAUCUUCACCGGCUUCGGCAUCUGGACCAUCUUCCUGGCGCUACUUAACUAUAUCAUUGAUGCAUACCUGAUGUUCGCGGCCUCGGCCGUCGCCGGAAACACGUUCAUGCGGUCCCUCUUCGCCGGCACGUUCCCCCUCUUCUCGACGUACAUGCUCAACGGCAUGGGCAUCCAGUGGGCGUCUACGCUCCUCGGCUGCGUCGCCACCCUCAUGGUCCCCAUGCCCUUCCUCUUCUACAUCUACGGCAAGAAGAUCCGUGCGAAAUCGACCUUCUCGCCGGCCCCGGACAUCGCGCAGGACAAGCGGCGCGACGAGGAGGCGCGACUGGGCACAGACGGCGGAAACGGGAGCGGCAGUGAGAACACUGCGCAGGGCAGCGAUUUGGGGCCUGCGGUGGAGAAGGAGGAGAGUGAAGGUGGGCAGGUGCAGAAUAGAGAUUUGAACACGCACAGGAAGAGGAAGGAGAGGGGCGUGAGACGGCAGGGUGAGACGGUGGGGAUGGGGAGGGAGGAAGCUUAGGAGAGGGUGAGAGAGGUGUUCUGCGCAAGAGAGGAAUGCAGGAGCUUUGGUGGGCGGGAAGGUAGUGUGCGAUAGUAGCGGCGGCGUUAACGUAAUGUCUAAAUCAGUUGGGCUGCAGCGUGAUGAAUCUAGGACCAACAGCCACAGCGCUCAUAUCGCAGCACUGGAUUUGGACUCGUC